AAUGACAAUAACUUAUAUUUCUACAAAUUCUGAAAAAUUAAAUAAUUCAUUAGAAAGAGGAUUAUCUGCUAAAGUAGAAGGAAAGAGUAAUAAUCGGUUUUCUAAUAAAAAGAUAAAAAUAAUUGCAUUGACAUUUAUUGGAAUUUGUUUAGUUUUGGCUGUUAUUAUUUGGGGGGUUUGUAGGUUUAAUUCCUCAUCUUCUCCCAAUAAAAACAAAACAAUAUCUGUACCUAUCAAUUUAUACAAAACUUCAAUUUUACAUAUUUGGUUAAAAACUAGAGAAGAAAACCAACCAAAAAAAGCAAAUAUAAAAAUUAAAAAUGAACAAAUAAAUUCAACAAUUGCUGAAACUAAUAAAUUUAAAUCUUUUGUUUUCUUUGAAUUAUCCCCACAAAUUGAAGGAAAUGCUUUUUUGGAGUGGUUUAAUGGAGAUACUUGGGUAUCAUAUAUUUAUGUUUAUGAACCAGAAUCUGUUCUAGAAUUGGGGAUUCGUCCAGCAUUUAUUGCAAACGCAGCUAGAAAUCCAGAAGUUCCGGAAGGUUAUCAUUUCCGUCCUCCAACUGGGUGGAUGAAUGAUCCUAAUGGUUUUAGCAAAUUUGGUAAAAAUUAUUUAAAAAUUUAUCGGGGAUUGAACAAAAACACUUCUUUAGUAGACAUCCUUUUUAAAGUCAAGUAUUGA